AUGUUCGGAUACUCACACGUAACAGGCGGCUGGGAUGGUGGUCAAGCACAGUUUGUUCGUGUUCCAUUUGCUGAUGAAAAUACCCUAAGAGUUCCAGAUUCACUAUCCGACGAGAAAGUUUUAUUUCUCUCCGACAUUUUCCCCACGGGUUGGCAUGCUACUGAACUUGGUGAAGUGAGCGAAGGUCAAACUGUCGCUAUAUGGGGCUGUGGGCCUGUCGGCAUGCUCGCCGCUCUCUCCGCGCUAUACAAGAAAGCUCGUCGUGUGAUUCUAAUCGACAAAGAACAAUAUCGACUUGAUUAUGCCAAGAAACACUUGCCUGGCAUCGAAACAAUCAAUUUUUCAAAACGUUCCACCCUUGAACAACUUAAAGAAUUGGUUCCGAACGGGCCCGAUGUUGGAAUCGAAGCGGUCGGAUUUCAUUAUGCACGCUCUAUAUUACACAAGGCUCAGAUGCUUGUCGGUCUCGAAACAGAUCCUUCUGAUGUUUUGAACGAAAUUAUCAUGGCUGUGCGAAAAGGUGGGAUGAUUUCGAUUGUAGGCGUGUACGUCGGUACUGCAAAUGGGUUCAACAUUGGUGCGUUCAUGGAAAAAGGGUUGAGAAUGGCGGCUGGACAGACACCAUGUCAAAAGUAUUGGCCGACGUUAUUACCUUUGAUUGAAAAUGGCACAUUGGAUCCGAGUUUCGUAUUGACACAUACGGUGCCAUUGGAGAAGGCAUCCGAAAUGUACAAGAUAUUCAACGAGAAGGAAGAUAAUUGCGUCAAAGUUAUUCUUAAACCGCAUUCGUGA